AUGGUUCGAUCGACGGAUGAUAUGCUGGACGAUUUGGAGGCGCGAGAACCGCCGGGCGCCGUCGCGGCGUGGGCGCUGAGUAAACGCGCGGAAUCCGUGGUGGGGAAUCCGGCGGUGAAGAAGACGGUGGACGUCGUCGGUAAGGUUGGCGUGGCGGCCGUGCGCGCGGCGGCGCCCGUGGUGGCGGAUGGCGCGGGGAAGGUGGUGAAGGAAGGGUCGAAAUUAGCCGUCAAGGCGGCGGUGAGCGCGGCGACGGCCAAGGUUGGAUACGACAAGCGCGAACGCGAGAAAGAACGAUCGACCCCGUUCGGGGGGCUGCUGGGAGGGAAUAAGAAGACGCCGCCGCUGGAAUCCGAGAGGGAGAAGAAGAAAAACCCAUUCGCGUUCCCGUCGCUCGCGAAGAAACCAGAACCCGAACCGCCGAGAGGCUUGUUUGGGCGCAAGAAGGAUGACAAGCCGAAGAGAGGAUUCUUCGGCGGGAAGUAG